AUGGACACCCGCCUCACGGUGCUUCUGAACAAACCGAUGCACUACCUCUCUUGCCAAGUCGAUCGGCAGAUGGGAGGCGGUCGCGGCAAGCCUCUGUGUCGCCAGCUCCUCGUUCCCGAGCGUCGCUGGGAAGCACCCAGCCAAGGCGAGAGACGGCGCGAGGUCAAACGCAACUUGUCUCCUGCGAAGUGCAACAAGUUGGUCUGUGCGGGCAGACUCGAUGUCGACAGCACAGGCUUAACUGUCUUUACACAGGACGGUCGCCUUGCGUCCCAGAUAGUCGGCCCUGGAAAGAGAGUGAGCAAAGAAUACUACGUCGAGGUCGAUCUGCCAGUCUCGGUUGGCGCGUUGACCCUUCUUCGUCACGGGCUUUCUCUCGACGGUCUCGAACUUCUCCCCGCCAAAGUUCGACUUCUCCCGCCUCUUCGUGACGCCUUCUUCGCGUCUCUGCCGCCCUCCGGAGUUUCGACUUCCGCCCCUAGUAGCCCGACAUCCCUGGCCUCUUACGCGUUUGCCGAGGAGAAGCGUGUGGGGAGCGCAGAAGACACGGGGGCCGAGGGGAAAGACGAGAGUGAAAUAUGGGUCGGAAGAACGACGCGUUUGUCCAUCGAACUCCUCGAAGGAAGACACAGACAAAUCCGGCGCAUGUGCGAACUCGUCGGCCUUCGCGUCUUGAAAAUACACAGAGUCAGAAUUGGAAAGAUCUCCCUUGGCGCCCUGCCUCAAGGACGAUGGCGGUUGCUUCUCCCCCACGAAUCCUUCGUGUAA